AUGUUCACUUUUUUCGAAUGGCUCGAAAGAGCAAUCUCUGAACAAUGCAUCUAUCAAUUUAAUCAUAAAGACUUUAGCGACUUUGAGAAAAUUUCAGAAGGUGCAUUUGGCAUUAUAAAGAAAUCAAAAUGCGCAACCUAUAGAUUAACCGUCGCUCUAAAAAGCUUAAAAGUCGAUAUCAAUUCCGAUGAAGAUUCCAAUAAAAUUUCCGAAGACUUUAUAGAAGAGGUAUUAUGUUUUAAUGACACGUGCCCAGCACCUGCAGAACCAUAUUGUCUAAGGUUGUUAAUGGAUUGCCGCAAUAAGCCGGCUCAAAUAAGCUCUAAGGAAUUAUA